AUGACACCGGAACCGCUUCCGACGUGCCAGGCGGAUAUGAAAUAUGACAUCCUCGCAAGAGCUGGGUUCGCUCGACGUGGAAAUCUUCAUCUGCCACAUUCUAUCGUCGAAACUCCAGUUUUCAUGCCUGUUGGAACUCAAGGAACAAUGAAGGGAGUUGUUCCGGAACAACUAGUAGCUAUGGACUGCAGAAUUCUACUUUGCAACACGUAUCAUCUCGGUCAUCGCCCAGGUCAUGAGCGAGUCAAAGCUGCGGGAGGACUUCAUAAAAUGAUGAAUUGGGACAGAUCGAUUCUCACUGAUUCUGGAGGUUUUCAAAUGGUCUCACUAAGCAAAUUGAUGACUGUUGACGAAAAUGGAGUAAACUUUGAAAGUCCUCACACCGGAGAAAUGAUGGCUUUACCUCCUGAGAAAUCUAUUGAAAUUCAACAAGCACUUGGAGCAGAUAUUAUGAUGCAGUUAGAUCACGUUAUCCAUGUUUUAACAACCGGUGACAUCGUCAAAGAAGCUAUGCAUAGAAGUAUUCGAUGGCUCGACAGAUGUAAAGUGGCACACACAAGAGAUGAUCAAGCAAUGUUUCCUAUUCUACAAGGAGGUCUUAAUCUCGAAUUACGGAAAGAGUGUGCUGAAGAAAUGGCAAAACGCGCUAAAGUUGGAAUUGCUAUUGGAGGUCUCUCUGGAGGAGAAGAGAAAGAUCAUUUCUGGAGAGUCGUUGCUGCUUGUUGUGCUGCUUUACCACCUCAUCUACCUCGAUAUGUUAUGGGUGUAGGAUUUCCAGUAGACCUAGUAAUUUGUUCUCUACUUGGAGCUGACAUGUUCGAUUGUGUCUAUCCGACGAGAACUGCUAGAUUCGGAACUGCAAUGGUUCGAAGAGGAGGAUUAAUGCAAUUGAAUCAGAAAAGAUAUAAAGAAGAUUUCCUGCCGAUUGAUGACAAAUGUGAAUGUAGUACAUGUAAAAACUACAGUCGAGCGUAUCUUCAUUCUAUUGUUGGAAAGGAGACAGUAGGAUGCCAUCUAGUAUCUGUUCACAAUAUUAAGCAUCAAUUGGAUUUGAUGCGGGACGUCCGUCAAGCAAUUCAAUCGAACUCGGUAGAGCUGUUUCUGAAACAGUUUAUUCAUGACUAUUACGGACCGAUUCAAUCAGAAGAGCCAUCCAAACAAGAUUCUCUGAAGAUCCGAGAAGUUCCACAAUGGGUUCGAGAUGCUGUUAAUCAUAUGGGCUACAAACUUGAUUUUUGA